AUGACGGGCAACGGAAUUGCAGAGGAAGAUGAUCUCCCCAGCAGGAUGCUGCUCAAGAAAGCCAGUCAUGUAUGGGCUGGCCAGGAGAUCCAGACCCUGUGGGAUGCCUGGAUCUCGCAGCUGCUUAUUGGACAGCUCCAACGGGAUGGAGACCCUGUAGACCAGAAGUGUCAAAUGGGGGCCACCAGACCUCAUGCAGUCAGGAUAUCAGAUCUAGAGAGGAAGAUGGUUGAGGACACCCUUCUUGAGACAUUUCAAAAGAACAAAUUGGAAAUAGCCAAGGCAGUAUCUACCCCUUCUCCUUUCCUGGAGAUGCUGCGAGACCACUCUCUUAUCCCUGAGAAAAUGUACCAUCGUGCUCAGGAGGAGUACCAAAAAUUGGUCCCUAUGGACAGGGGGUCCCUAUGUACAUACAGCAUCCUCAUGGAGCUGGAGAAGAAUUUCAGCACCAAGAUCCUGGCAGUCUUGUUCCACCCCGCCAACCUGCAGGAGUACCCACCAUUAGCCCAAAUCCAAAAGCACUUCAAAGAUGUCCCUCUAGAUGAAUCAGCAUCAGAAGCCAGUGUGAGGUCUCCUGUUCGGAGGAGCAGCCUUGAUGAGAGGGCAUCAGCUGUCAGUGCACCUCAAAGUUCUGUCCAAGGCUCCUCAGAGAAGUGCAGCAAGAUGGCAGAAGGGACGUGGUUAACCCUGAGGGAGUCUGAAAUCAAAGGCAGCUGCGAACUUGCCAAACACUGCAAGAAGACCAUCUCCAGCAGCUGCUACACGCUGCACUACCUCAAGAACGUAAGGCCUCGAGCUCCCCGCCCCUGGCCGCACCUGGAGCUGGCCGCGGUCCAAGACCGCACAGGGAUGCCACGCCUGGCCCCUUGGUCAGCCAAGGAGAGGCCACAGGCAAGGGGACCCUUCUCAUUAACUUUUUGUCCCUUUCAGAAAAAAUUUAUACUUGGUCCUCCAAGAACACUUGGCAAGAGAAAAAAGAUCCUCCCUGCAGGUGAAACUAGAAGACAGCCAAAAGUCAAGAAAGGGACACCUUUUUGUCAGGCUGCACCUGCCCAGAAUGCAGCUCCAUCUGAACCUCAGAGAAGUUGCUUCCAGAAAAAGAAGCACGUACCAGGAAAGACUCUUCUGAGCAGGUCCUGCUUACCAGCAAGAAGAGGAGUAGUUUCACUGGCUGACCGACCAAAGUACCAGGCCCAACUCCAAGCCAGGAAAUGGAUUUCUGUGGUGUGCAGACUGGACAAUGGGCGCCUGUACAAGGAUGAAUUUGUCUCACUCUACAGGGGAAAAUGCAUCCUGACAGAGAGAGGGUGGUGCACCCCACUAGAGUUUUUGGCCAUAGACCCUGAGUUUGAUACUGCCACCUGGACCCAAAGCAUCCACAGUGGUGGACUGACCCUGCAGACACUGAUUGAAAACAAGAUCUUGAAGCUUCACCCGCACACCUGCUCCUGUGACAUCUGCAAGGAGGAGGACCCCUUUCCAGAGAAUGAUAAUGAGUGUUUCAUGUGUAAAGAUGGAGGUGAGCUAUUCUGCUGUGACUCAUGUCCCAAAUCCUUCCACAGGGACUGCCAUAUCUCCAGUGUCUCAUCAGAGAGUAGUGCUGAGUGGAACUGCACUUUCUGCAUAAUAAGGAAGAAUAAGGAGAAGGAAGGUCUAGAGAACAACCACUACCAGCAAGAGUUUAUGGCUAUGAAGCAGCAGAUGUAUCCUGAGCAGCAGCUGAAAUGUGAGUUUCUCCUGAUGAGAAUGUACUGCUGCAGAGAAAGCUUCCUCUUUACUGGAGAUCCAAGCCACUGCAAGGCGUAUUCCCCGCUUGUCAGAAAACCCAUGUGGCUAGACAAGGUGAAGAAGCGUCUCAAUGAUGAGACUUAUAAUACAGUGGAGGGCUUUGUCCGGGAUAUGCGCCUGAUUUUUUACAACUGCAAGAAAUUUAACAAGGACAACCACUUUGGUUAUCUGGGAGCAAAGUUGGAGACAAAGUUUGAGAGGGAUUUCAAAGCAGUCUUUGAUAUUAAGGGAGCAGGUGAAGAAGAGAGGCGACUUUUGUUUCCAUGACUCCCUCCCUCCAAUCCUAGGCUUUGUUCAGGUCCUCUUCAGUUAGGAAUAUUGGAAAUAAAUAAAAUUUUGACACAAGAGUGGGUGAAGAAAAGUUUUAUUGCAACUCUCGAGAGGCAGACUACCCAUGCUGGAAUGCAAGGGGGCAUAGAUGACAGAAGCAGAGCAAGCUUUUAUAAGGUUAAUCAUUCCUGGUCCAUCCCUUCAAAGCUGGAAUUGGUCCCAGCUCUUCACGCUACAAUCUCCAUUACCCAUUGCUCCUUGACAUGAUCUCCCUCCUGG